CUCCGGUCAGGUCGCGUUUGCGAUGACACGGGCACCCCGAUGUCUGGAUGAACUGGAUGAUUAACUGAAUGAUUAAAAAGGACAUGGGCGUCACUUUUUGUGGUUUUUUCCCAGUGAGAAUCAUAUUCUGCGCCCUCGUUUUAUAGUCACCAAGAAAAGACAAAGUGUCGAUCAAGAAGUCAUAAGCAGACAUCAUGACAUCCGACUUCAAUAAAGAAAGCGAGAUCCCCGUCUCGAAGCAGUCCUUCCCGGGCAAGGACCGCGACAUGCCCGCGCCGGAGCCGACGCGCGACCAGCUCCCCACGGCGGGCGGCGGCGGCGGCAAGGAGACGUACCGGGCGGCGGGCAAGCUCAAGGGCAAACGGGCGCUCAUCACGGGCGGCGACAGCGGCAUCGGGGCCGCGACGGCGGUGCUCUUCGCGCGCGAGGGCGCCGCCGACUCGACCAUCGCGUACCUCCCCGAGGAGGAGGACGACGCGCAGGACACGCGCCGCCAGGUCGAGGAGCUGGGCGCGAGGUGCCACCUCGUCGCCGUGGACCUGACCCGCCGCGAGGACUGCCAAAGGGUGGUCGACUUUGCCGUGGAGAAGAUGGGCGGCAUCGAUAUUCUGUUUAACAACGCGGCCUACCAGAUGAUGGUCGAGGACAUCGCGGACCUGCCCGAGGAGCAGUGGGUGCGCACCUUCAACACCAACAUCCACUCCUUCUUCUACGUCUCCAAGUACACGCUCAAGCACAUGAAGCCCGGGUCCACCAUCAUCAACAACGCCUCCAUCAACGCCUACAUCGGCCGGCCCGACCUCCUCGACUACACGUCCACAAAGGGCGCCGUCGUGUCCUUUACGCGGGGCCUGAGCAACCAGUACCUCGGCAAGGGCAUCCGCGUCAACGCCGUCGCGCCGGGUCCAGGUUAGCCAACCCGCCCACCUUUUACCGCUCCUUAUCCCUUUCUCCCCUUUCCCUUGCUCCAUAUCACCUGCUCAGUUGUGCAGUUGAGUGGCAGUGGCAGAAUCUGCGGACAAGGAGGGAGAAAGGGGUGAAGAGUGAAAGAGAGAGAGACACACACAAAAGCGUGCAGCCGUUUGCUGACUCCUCCUCCUCCCGUCCAGUGUGGACGCCGCUCAUCCCGGCGACCAUGAACGACCGCGCGCAAAAGGAGUUUACGAGCCCCAUGGGCCGACCCGCGCAGCCGUCCGAGAUUGCCACCUGCGUCGUCUUCCUAGCGUCCAACGACAGCUCGUGCGUCAGCGGGCAGGUCAUUCACUGCAACGGCGGCGUGAUAGUCAACGGCUGAAGACGGACGGACGGACGGACGCGGGGGAGUUGGAGUUGGUGAAGGGAGGGAGAGAAAAAGCGUCGAUUAUGGGAGAAAUGAAGCAGCGUCUUGCAACCUCUGUCGAGAGUGGCGGUUGGAUGGAAGCAGGUUCAAGAAAACCGAGCAAGUUCAGAGUAAAGAAACAAAAUGAAUUUACGCCAACAAGAUCAAAAAAAAUCUUGUUAGUGAUGGG